CCGCAGCACCCGCGCCCGGCGGGACCAUGAUGUCCUGUGCUGAGCUGCUGGCCGUGUGCCUGCUCUCCGCCGAGCGCGGCCCCGCGCCCCUCCGCCAGCCGCUCCCCAUCUUCCACGACAUUUUCCGGCGAGCCGACAAGAACGAUGAUGGGAAGCUGUCAUUCGAGGAGUUCAAGAACUAUUUCGCUGAUGGGAUCCUGAGCUCGGAGGAGCUGUGGGAGUUGUUCAGUGGCAUUGACAGGCGUCACUCAGAUAACGUGGACACAGAGAAGUUGUGUGAUUAUUUCUCGGGAUAUCUCGGAGAAUACAGGAAUGUGCUGUCUGCCCUUGAAACCCUCAAUGCUGCUGUGCUGGCUGCCAUGGACAAAACCAAGCUGAGGUAUGAGACCUCCUCGAAGAUAGAGCAGUUCCUGACCCGAUUCCUGCUGCGGGAAACCAUGCACCAGCUGCAGUCCCUGCAGGCAUCCCUGGAGUGUGCUGUGGACACCGUGGAGGAGCAGGCGGGACGGGAGAGAAAGGACAUAAAAAAACCUGAGACUUCAGUUGGCCUGAGGUCGGGGAGACGGUGUGGGCGCAGAGGACAGAAAAACAUCUGUCUGUCUCCAACAGACCCCUAUUCUGGGAUGCUGACAACAGGUGUUUGUGUUGAGGACAACAGCCAGUGGAUGGCUCAGAUCAACAGGCUUCAGCAGCUCAUCGAGAAGCUGGAAUGCAAGAGCCCACGCCUGGAGCCGCUGAAGGAGGAAUCCAUGUGCAAAGGACAAGAUGCACACAUCCUGGUGGCCACGAGCAGCAUCGAGGAGUUCCGGCAGGCGUUCCGCUCCUACACCGAGGGCACCGCCGGGCACAGCAGCUGCCUGCAUGUCUCUGCCUGCAAGCUGACAGACGAGGCCUGCUUCAUCCUGUAUGAGUUCUGGCAGGACGUGACCUCGUGGAGAAGCCACUUGCAGUCCAGCUGCAGCAAGACUUUCCAGCAGUCCAUCAUCAGCUUGCUGGAGUCCCCGGAGCUGCUGACCACCAUGCUCUUCCCAGCUUCCUGGUGGAUCAUGAACAACAACUGACCCAGGCAGACACCUCAGGACACCAUCAGCAUGCGGGAGGACACGGAGCCCUCGGCACAGCCCUCGCCUUCCCUCAUGUUCCUCCUCUCCCUGUCCCUCACCCCCUCCUGCUGCCCAGCAGGGCUGCCUGCCCUUGGCCCUGCCAGUGUUUCAUCCCUGCUGUUUUCCUGUUAAUUUACUUAUUUAUUUCCACCCCAAGACAGUCUCUGAGCUGCCUGGCGAGAGCGGAGCACUCCCUGAGUGCUGGGGGAGCUGUGUUUGGGGGUGACACCCUGGCCCUUGGGGGACCACUGGUCUGGUUGCUGUGUCCCCUCAGCCCCUCUUGCACUCCAGCUCCUCUUCCUCCCGGUUCUAAGGGCUGCCCAAGGCUCCAUGGGGUGUUGGGAUGGGCAGGGGGACAUGGCUGGGGCCAGCUGUGACAUCCCUGUGCCCUGCCCACCAGAGCCACCCUGGGCCAGCAGUACCUCUGCCCAGGGAGCCAGGUGGCCUCAUAUGGAUUGUGAAUAAGUGUUUUAUAGGGAAAAAAGUAUUUAAUGAACUAUUUCUGGCAAGGUGUGUCUGAUCAGGCCCUGGCACGCUGGCAGCCUGUGCAGCCACUGCAGUGGCCUUGAGACUGACCUUGUGUUCCCCAGCUGUGCCCAAGGCUGUGCCCGUCCCCAGCACACCCUGCUCCUCAGGGAGACAGCAUGGAUCCAGCCCCAGCACAUCCCAGUCCCUGGGGAGGCCAGAGUGGCUCCAGUCCCAGCAUAUCCCAGUCCCUGGGGAGGCCAGUGGCUCCAGUCCCAGCACGUCCCUGGGAAGGCCAGUGUGGCUCUGUCUCUGUUGCUUCAUGAGUUCACAUAAACGGGCAUUAGCACCAGGCAGUGCUGCCAGAGAGGCUGUAGCUGAGUUAAUGGUGAUGGGCACCAUGGGGGGGACACACAAAAUGAGGGGGAAAGGCCCAGGGCUGGAGUGGCCCAAGCCCACCUGGUCCAUGGGUCGUGCUCGUGGUUCUGUUGGUGCUGGAGCAGCAAAUCCCUCACUGAGCUGGGGUGAAAUGCAUCAUCACAAACAGUGUGGAGUGAGAGGAGAAGUGCAUACGGGACAGGCAGGGACCCCAGGGACUCUUGGCAUGGAGGACACCACUGCCCUUGCACCCGUGUCUGCCCCCAGCACCCACAUGGGUCACCACAGGUGCCUGCACCCUCAACACCCUCAGUGUUGUUACCACCCCUCAACCUCUUUUCCCUG